AUGUUGAUCGACAUAACUGGCAAGGCGAUAUCGCCUGAAGAAGAAGAAGCCACAACGAGCAAGGGGGAAGAAUGGACAAGCAUAUUCAGUUGUCCUAUUUUUGCUAUGAAGCCAAGGGCGGAAUCAUGA